CCUUCAAAUUAUCAGGUGCGACAAGCAAUCGCUAAAAGGCCAGAGUUGGCAUCGAGCGACGAGUGCGCCAUGGUCGAGUUCACUGAUUCAGCGUCCGCUCGUACUGCUUUACAAAUGACCUUCGGUGAUGCCAAGGUGUUCGAGCUGCAACAAUCCAGCGACAAGAAGAGGAAACAGCAACCGGCGAAGAAAAGUGCCGUGACGAGGCUGGCCAAAGAGGAAGCUUACAACUCCUCGAGUUGCGCCAGUGGAUCCGAGGCUGAAGAUGGAAGAGCCAGACAUAAGAAACCUGUUCUAACCAACCAUGGUUACCCAAUGUACCACGCUUACCCGGGCCAUCCCUUUCAAGGACCUCCAUCGCCAGAUGCGUGGUUAUCACGCCGAUUGUCAGCGUGCUCCGUGUCCGGUUCCGAGAAUGGCUUCAUUCUACGUCGUUUGUCUUCCUGUUCCGGUUCCAGUUCGGAAACAGGAAACUACGGCAGACGUUACUCCGCCUGUUCCACUGGUUCCGAGGCCGGUUACUGUCACCCAGUCUUUCCACCGAGUUACUGUUAUCAAGAGAAUCGACGUUUCUCCUGCUGCUCGAGUUCAGGUUCUGAGUGCAAUGGUGUCUGUUGCCACCCUAGUCGUCGCGGAUCCGCGGAUUACGGGCCAUUCUUGAGGAGGUUGUCCACCUGCAGCCGAGACUCAGGCUUCGACGCAGGCACCAGAAGGCUGUCAUUGUGUUCCUCCGGGGCUGAUCAGAGCACUUUCUGUCGACCCAGGAGCAACAGUGGUAUCGCGUUGACGCACUUGCCAGAAAACGUGACGAGGAUGCCUUCUGGUCCGGAUGGCACCCGUGGAUUUGGUCGACCACCCAAAAUGAACGCGAUGUCGCCUCACAUGGCACCCACUUAUUAGAUGCCAUUUACUCGUGAGACUUUCCAUUUUAGAUAGACAUUGACAGUUGUGACGUUCGAUGUACCUGUUGCUUUCAGUUCGUUAUCUGACAUCUACUUACACUACUCGUAAAAUUAUUAAGGAUAAUAUUUGUUCGAAAAUGGCCAUUUUUAAUAUUCUUCGGAACGGACUUUGUAGAUAACGUAUAUACAUCUGUAAGUCGUAAGGACUCAGAGAAUGAUAAAUAAUUAUUUAACACUAGAACUAUCGUAUCAUAGGCAAUCAAUUUGACCCAUGUAUUUUAAACUUUUUUGUUAAAUUAUAUAAUUGUUAAGUAUGGUAUGACGCAAUCUUUGAUGAUCGUUAUUGAAACAGGGAACUAAUUAUACAAUUAUACAUUAUCAAUAGAAUUAUCAAGGGAAUUGAUUUGCUUAUUUUUUAUCUAAUUUAAAAGAUGUUGUAGUAUUUAUGAUAGGUAGACCUCGAUAGUUCUCAUGUUACUCGACAUGGGAUGGGAAAUUUGUGAUAAACGUGCCUGUUCCCCAGGGAAACAGCCUGUGUUUAAUAAUUACUUUAACCAAUGGAUAAAUUUUAUUUUAAUUUAACGAAUUGUUAAAUACGACAUGAGAUAAAUUUUUGUUGAAUGAUGGCGAUGCAUUUGUGUAGAAUUUUUCGACGUACGACCAAAACGAUGACAGUAGGUUAGUAUGUAUAUUCAGACGAUUAAAGGUUUACCACCUUGACGAUGACUAAACAGACAGAUCUUUACUAUUGUUUUGUAACAAUACUAUACGUUUAACCAAAACUUAUUUUUACCACAACAAUAUAUAGUGUGUGAAACAAAUAAUGUGCUCUAAAACGAAUGUUUCUCUCUCAAAUGCAUUAGAAAUUUAGAAAGUGUUCAACAUUAUAGAAGUUACGGGGUUAAAGAGAAAACAGGUUGUUUUUAACUAAUAUAAUUUUAUUAUGUCUGGAAAAAGUAGUUGCAAAAAAGUUGAACUGCAAGCGAUUAAAGAAAAUGAAUGUUAAUUUUCAUCAUUUCAUAUUAAAUGUUUUUUAAGACAUUUUUUGUUAUAGAGAAGAAUUUAUAUAAAGAUUUUUUAACUUUGAGAAUAUUUAAGGUACGUUUUAAGGUACAUUUGGUAAUUUGUACAGUUCAUUUCAUACAGAAAUCUUUGAGAUAUCGCCUUUUUUCGGAACUACAUUUCUCACAUCCGUGGAAAUGAUAAGUCAAAAGCUAAUUGACCGAUCGUUUUCCAACCUUACAUACAUUUCCUUUAUUUAAAUGCCUUAAAUAUAAACUAAAAACUGGUAUGAAAUCAUUGUGUAAAGUAUAUUUUCUAUUGCAAAAAGCUGCAAUGAUCUCAAAAAUUCCAAGUUUCAAAUUUUUUGGUCGCAGUUUAGUUUAUAUUAUUAGAAGACAUGUUAAUAGUGUAGUAUCCGCGCCUCCCAUUAAAAAAUUACCAAAUGUAUCUUUAAACAUACCUAAGAUACUUUCAAAGUUAGAAAAAUAUUAAGUACAAUUUUUUCUUUAUAAAAAGAUCACGAAAACGCUUAAUAUUUGGCCUUCUAAUGUGGUUUCUCCCCUUAAGGAUAUUAAUCGUAUUAGUUACCUUGCUGUGACAUUUCAAUUUUUAGACACGUUUAUCUCAAUUC